AUCUCAACCCAAACCGAAUUAAAGUAGACCGGUAUAUAUUUGUCCUAACCAUCGAAGCUUUCAUACUUCUUCGUUGUUUCUUCUGCGUUAUCUUCCUCUCUCCGUCUCUUUCUUCCAGUUGGCGAAUUUGUGCAGCAGAGCAUCAAUCAGAGAUGCAGCAAUCACGAGCGAGACUGUUCAAGGAGUACAAAGAGGUUCAACGAGAGAAAGUAGCUGAUCCUGAUAUUCAAUUAGUCUGUGACGAGACCAACAUAUUCAAAUGGACUGCACUUAUCAAGGGACCAUCAGAGACUCCUUAUGAAGGCGGAGUGUUCCAGCUUGCGUUUGCUGUUCCUGAAAAUUAUCCUCUGCAGCCUCCUCAAGUUCGGUUCUUGACUAAAAUAUUCCAUCCCAAUGUGCAUUUCAAGACAGGGGAGAUAUGUCUUGACAUAUUGAAGAACGCGUGGAGCCCUGCGUGGACGCUUCAGUCUGUGUGUAGAGCCAUCAUAGCUUUGAUGGCUCAUCCUGAGGCGGACAGUCCUCUUAACUGUGACUCAGGAAACCUACUAAGAUCUGGGGAUGUGAGAGGGUUCAAUUCAAUGGCACGCAUGUACACGCGCCUCGCGGCCAUGCCUAAGAAAGGAUGAUGAUGAUCCUCUCUUGCUUUUUCUUUUGCUUACAUUAUAAAAAGAUUCACAUGUAAGGUUACAAAGGAGAUGUUUCCUUCUUAUUGAACAUGAGUUUAUUGGUUUACAAUUAUUGUAUUACAGUUUUAAUAAGAAGUAACGCUUCCUUGUUUAA